CACCAAUGAAACAUCAGAUGUUUCCAAGGGUACGCGAAGUUUGAGUAUAAAAACGAAACAAAUUAAAGUAAACACAAAAAUCUGGAAUAAAAUCAUGAGACCAAGAGCUGAGAAGAGCUUUCCAUAUUUUUUGUGGUCACUGGUCAAAUCGAGAGAUAUUAGCACGGUACAAUGGCAUACUACUGGAAAAGCAAUCGUCAUUGAUAGAAAAGUCUUCAAAAAUGAAUCAGCGAAGCAUAAUAUUAGCGACGAUGAUAAAUUUGAAAAUUUUAUAGAAAAGCUUGAAGAACAUGGGUUUCAAAAGAUUUGGAUUAAAGAGCAAGAUGACGCGUCUAGCGUAAGAUUUUACGUUUAUUGGCAUCCACGUUUUCUAAAAGAGAAUAAAAAAGCUCUGAGAGAUAUUAAAUGUAAAGCUACGGCAGAGCCUAAUAAUGGGAACAGACUGGAAGCUGAAAGUGAUAAAUUAGAGAAGGAACGUGAACAUCCAGAAUCAUCUAGUGAUCAAAAUGCAGCACGCCAGGAUAACACAUUACGAAGAGGGGACCACGUUAAUGUAAGUAAUUCUCAGAACAAUAGGAGCGGCCAAUAUGUAACAAGUGGAUUUGGUCCACUGUCUCGGAAUAGAGCUUACGUUCAAGUUCCGUCGGUUUACAUGGAUUCCAGUGCAUACAGGGGCUAUACAGCUCGACAAUGCCCGUGUCAAUCCUUGCUGUAUCGACCACUUCAUUGUGUAUGCAAAUUCCAAUUGAAACAGCCCGGACUUCAACAUACAAAUACCCAAACGAUACAACAAAACCAGAGAAUGAGACAGCAUGAUAUGCAACAACCAAUCUUAAAUAUAGUCCCAAAGAGUGAGCCAACUAGCCAGUUAAACGGGAAUCCAAUACCAAUUCAGUCAAUUCAACCAGUUCAACAAGCAGGAACAGUACUGCAACCAUCGAUUCAACUAACAAGGCCAAUGAUGCAAACAAUACCAUGGUUGAUCCGAUUAAAUCAGCAGAUGAAUAUGCAGGCAACCAGUACAGUUCAAAUUAUGAAAAACCAACUCUUGUUACAACCUCAAAAGAAUCCCACGAACCAGACACUACUGCCGGUGAAUUGUCAAUUGCAACGGACAAGUUCGAGUCAAAUGGUUCAGCCAGGUUCUCAUAUCCACACAAACACAAAACGUAAAGGAACUCAAAAACCUUCCCAAAUGGCAGUUCAACCAAUGCCAUAUAUACCUGAUAUACAUACUAAUAAUAACGUGUUUUCACAACAAUCAAGGUUAGUGAGACAAAAUCAGGUAAUACAGCGACCACUACAGAGAGGGUCAAUUAAGAAGUUGCCGCUGAAGUCCAUUCAAUCAAUGCAAAAACAACAGCGCGCAAAACCAUACUACACAAGGAAAUCAUACCCUAGAAGUAGUACUCUACCAAGAUCAGUACUCAAUGUGAUGAAACAGAUGCAAGAUAUGACAUUGGAAACACGGCCUAGAGUGAACGAAACUCUUGUCAAACAACUUAAUUUGACAACUAGCGAUGAAAAGGCAGCAAAGGCUGAAUUACCGCAAAUCAAAUCAGGGCGAGAAUCUAACAAAGAUAGCAGGGACAGCCGCCGAAAAAGAAAAGCAUGGUUGGUAAAAUGGAAGAAAACAACUGAAAAAAUGAGUGCAAUCGAAAAAGGCAGACUAGCUAAAGCACUGGCGUUACUAAAGAGAAGACACUUUGGCAAAACUAGGCAAUUGAACAGGACGACGGGACUUGAUAGACGUGCAAGUGGUGUAGCAGUUGAUGUGACCAGCACAUCAGUAGGUACUGUUGAUAACGUUGCCAACAAGGAGACACAAACCAUUGGUGGUGAUAUAAAUAAUGGUGAAAAGAAGAGCAAGCUCACUCCAUUAGAGGAACAGAAACAAAAGAAAGUUGUAAAGGAUGGUUCUGCAGCCUGUUAUAAUGAAGUCAGAAUAAAUAUCAAUAACGAAGACGUCCGUCCUGAUAUUGCAAGCUUACCUACCACCCAUGUCAUAGAAAUCAAAGAGGAACAUGGGAUACAUGAUGUACCUGUAGUUGAGUAUGCCAUUGACGAGUCUGGGCUGGUUCUACCUACCAUACCGAUAACGGAACUCAAAGACGACCAAGGUCUACAUGUAACUGACACCUAUUUUGAGAAAUCCAAGCAAGCCCAACCUGUGAUACCGAUUAUAGAAAUCAAAGACGACCAGAGUACUGAUGUGAUUGACGCUGAUAUUGAGGAAUUAAACAUGACCCUGCCUCGCAUUCCUCUAAUAGAAAUCAGAGAUGAUGAUAAUGAAGACACCAAUGAUAUCAACAAUCAAUGUCCAACAACAGCUGAUGUUGGCAGCUAUCCUAUUGUGAACAGAAGCAAUUCAUCAAACGAAUCAGUGUUUGCUGUCCAUCAAAGCAUAUCCCAAACGCAUCAAUAUCUUUACAAAACAAAGAAACAGAUGAAAGCGAAAUCUAAACGUAAUUGUAAACAUAUGGUAAUGGACAUGAAAUCUAGUCAAAAAUACAUGCUCUUCCAAAGUGGGCUGAAUAAUAGCAAUAGAUUCAAACCGUCCGUUAAAGAAUAUACACUGUCAUUUAAAUGUGAUGACAGAGAUCCAAUAGUCAGGGACGUACUCAAUAACAUAAAUAGGCAAAUCCCAAUGGUAAAUCUGUACAAAUCCUAACUUAUGCAAUUCCAUGAAUAAAAUUGAAAUAUCUGCAUAUAUUACAUGUUUUGGCUUGUUUUUGUUUAUUGUAAUGUUUUUGUUUAUUUAUUUAAACUCCGAAAAACAUAUUUGAAAUCAAAUCAAAAGGAUGAUCCUUAUCCUCAUUUCCAUGACAUAUCAAAAUAUGAUUUUUUAAUUGCAUUGAAGAAGAUAGUUGAUCGUUUUUAUAAAUUUAACACAUGUAAAGUUUGAAUUAAAAAAUCAUCUUUAUGAAUUUACAGCCAUAGCCAUAACAAAAACACCAAUGACUACUUUAACAAUAAAUUGUUUUUAUGUCACCUCCUGAAGAAGUGGUAAAUUGCAAUAGUCUCUAACAUUUCUGUGGACUAUGUACGGCGUUUGAUGGUUGCUGUUCGGCGUUUGGUAGUGACAUUUUGCAUGUUACAUGCCUUGUUAAUAAA